CGCCCACAUUGCUUUAAGAGGCUCGGGAAUGCUCCCCUGGCAGGCGUGAUGGCAGGUUGAACCGCAACGCCCCCCGUAGAAGAUGGCCGGCUUCCAGUUCGUCGUCUUUGGCGACGAGAAGCCCGACACGCGCAGGGCGAUCCGGAGCCAUGUCAUGAUGGGCAAGAACGCGGGCCGCAAGCUCCCGCCACGGCAGCGGAAGAAGAGAGACGGCGCCCGCGAGGGGACUGCAGUCUCUUCGACCGGCGCCGCCAGCCAAAGCCACGAGAGCAGGGCGGGCGGCUCUUCUGCUAAGAAGGCCGCAGGAGGACGUAGGAGGACGGCGGCGGUGCCCUCGGACAGCUCGCGCACGCUGCGGCCCAUUGUAAGCUUCGACGAGCUUAUGCGGAUACCGGGCGUGGUUGGCCACGAGCUGUCCUGGCUGGCGUUUCCCGACGGCUUCACCCCUGUGUCUGUCGACCUGUUCCGUAGCUUCUACUAUUCCUUGUCUCGCUCCCCUGUGCCCACGUUCUGUCUGCCAAAGGACCACAGCUGUUCCUUUUUCUGGCGGUUCUCCAUCGUCGACAAUGCGUUCAUGCAUGCCAUGAUCGCCAUCAUCGGCACCCUCCAGCGAGAAACACUAUCAGCCACACAAGCACCGCGGCUCAUCCUCUCCCAUGUGUCGUCCGGCCUGCACCUCGUCAACAAGCAGAUCGACGACGUCAGCUCGCACGAUGUCUCGGACAUGACGAUAGCCUCGAUCCUGCUCAUGUCCAUGUACGAGCGCCUGCGGGGCGACUAUGCCCGGGCGAGCGUCCACCUCCGAGGGCUCAAGCACAUCAUCGACCUGCGCGGCGGCAUCUCGGAGCUCUACCACACGCGGGGGCUCGCCUCCAAGAUCUGCCGGGCCGACAUCGACCUGGCCCUGCACUUUGGCACCGCCACCGUCUUCCGCGCGGCCGAGACGCUCCCUGCGCUGGAGAUGCAAGGGGGCGGGCAGCUUGGGCUUGUCACGGCCUCGCUCGUGCCAGACGUGGCCCCGGAGCACUGCUAUGGCGUCGUCUCCCAGCUCAGCCCGCGGUACAGCGACGUCAUGCGCGACCUGCUGCGCAUCACCGCCUUCUUCAACACCACCGACGGCGCUCCCGUCAUGGACGUGUACGGGCUCGAGGCCCUCCUGGUCAACAUGACCUACCGCAUCGUCGAGCUCCGCCCACUCCGGCAGAGCAACGCGAAAGCGACAAGCCCGUGCAACCGUCGCAGCAGCAGCCGCAGCCGAACCGGCGGUAGUCACAGCCCGGAGGCAGGCAAUCAAGUCAUAGUCGACUGCAGUGGCGGCGGCGGUAGCGGGAGCAUCACCAGCAGCAGUGUGAGCAGCAGUAGCACCCCGGCUCCGGUCAUCAGCAACAUCGACGAUGCGUGCCACCUCGGCAUGGCGGCAUUCAUGACGACGCUGCUCGUCGAGUUUGGCUCGCAGCAGCUCGUCACACACGAGCUGCUCCGGCACUCCCUCAAGGCCUCUGUCCUGCGCCUGUCGAGUAGCGGUGUGCAGAACCUCCGCGCUGCCCUGUGGCUGUGCUUCGUCGGCGGGAUAUCCGUCUUCAAGGUCGACAGUGCAUAUGCUACUACUACUUCUGCUGCUGCUGCUGCUGCUGCUGCUGCUACUACGAGACGAAACGCCGCCGCGGCCGCCACCACCACCACUACCGGCAGGAGCAAUCACGGAAUGCCCAGCCGUCCGGCGAACACCAACGAAGCCCGUCACCCUGGUAGCCACGACGACAGCACAAGCACGUAUCCCGCAACAGAACAGAGAUCCGCUGUUGACGACGACGGGACAUGGCUCCUCCCCCAGAUCCACGAGCUCUCGCAGGACCUCGGUCUCGAAGACUGGCCGGCCGUGCUCGCCGUGCUCGGCGAGUUCCCCUGGGUGCGCUCGCUCCACGACAAGCAAGGCCAGGCGCUCUGGGACGCCGUCGCGGCGGCGGCCGAGGUGAGCAGGAGUCUCGUCUCCUGGGGGUUGGGGUCGUGGUCGUCGGGGUCGGGGACCGCGGUAGGUACCGGUACCAUGUUCCAACCGCUCGGGGUAUCGGCAUCGAGUCCGGCUCCGGCUCCGGUUCCUCCCGGGUGGAAUCUCGCGAUGAUAGGUGCCAGCGGCGAUACUGUUCUCACGAGGGGAAAUCAUCAUCAUCAUCUACAACCGAUUAGGCUGAAGCCUUUGCAGACUCUUACCCAUGAGCCGGGGGUGACGUUGACGCAUAGAGACUACGGCGUGUGGCGGUGACACAAGCCAACGAGGACUACUAGGUCAGCAUACAUUUGUUGUGGGCAACGGACCGCCACGUCUUUUCGUGUAUAUUUUGUGCGAGCGAAUGUGUGCGCGCGGGCAGGCAGC